ACUAACGCCAGAGCACCACGGACCUUUCUCCCGCGUGCAGCGUGUGUUCCAACAAGUGCAGUGACUGCCCCAAUACUAGUUCAAUGUACCCCAGAUUUCUGUUAGAACAAACGUAGUAGCUUCGGUUUUGCCUGUUAUUUCGAUGUUUCUAUGUGAUGUGAAGGUAGUUAGUAGAGUUCUGUGUGCAUAGACUCAGUCGAAUGGAACUAUAAAGUGCCGAGGUUGGAUUUGAAGUUAGAGUUCCAGGGGUUUCUGUGCGAUAAGUAACGAUAUUUUGGUGUAGUCAUAUAUUAAAUAAUAUUAUUGAACUUUCGUAUUACAAAUAUAUAUGUAAUUGGAUAUGAAUUAGCAAUUUAGCAUUUAGUUACAACAGAGUUCCUCUAACAUUGGUAAAAUUAUUGGCGAACCUUAAGUGUAACCCACUGCCAAGUUUUAUGUGAAAAAUCUAGCGUAUGAUAGACGUUGUAUCAAAUAAUUUUAGACAAAAUGAUAAACAGUACCAAACAUCGUCAAGCUUGUGACCUCAUUUGAAAAAUAUGACAUAUAGGAAAUUAAUUGUUUGAAUGUCACCAAUAACAAUACGUAAUACACGUUUCCCUCUGAUGGCAGAUUUGAACGUCCCCCCUAUAUAUCACGCGUCAUCCCCAUUACUGGAAAUGGCCUCUCUUCGGCUCCCUGAUGCUGAGGAUUACGAGUUCGAGAACCGGCGACGUGCUGACAGUUUGUACACCUCAAGUAGCACAGAUUCGUCCGGUAACAAUUUACACUUGUCCACCAGAUCGCAGGCGUUUCGGCAGUUGCCUUGGAAUAUAAGCAAUCGUCGCAUAAUUAGUGAAGGCGGGGCGAAACUGGUGGACUUUCUAGGCAACACAUGGCUAGACCUUGUCACAAUGACCAGUAGCAGCAACAAUGGUUCGAUGAAUGCUUAUCAUGAGAGUGGGUUGGAGAAUUCAGUUCAGGAUGAACCCGGAAGUGGCUUGGAGAGCGGCGGCCUUAACGUUACUGCAGGAAACAUCACGGAGCCGGUCCCAUUCUACAGACAUUCGCUUGCAAUGACUGCCGUGUAUUGUUUCGCUUAUAUCCUCGUGUUCGCAGUUGGUUUAGUGGGCAACUGUUUCGUGAUCGCUGUCGUAUAUCGGUCUCCACGCAUGAGGACUGUCACCAACUUCUUCAUCGUCAACCUUGCUGUCGCGGACAUCCUGGUCAUCGUGUUCUGUCUGCCAGCUACGUUGCUGUCAAACAUCUUUGUCCCGUGGUUGCUCGGUUGGUGGAUGUGCAAGACGGUGCCUUACGUACAGGGGGUCUCCGUAGCGGCGUCUGUCUACAGCCUCAUUGCCGUCUCACUUGACAGGUUUCUUGCAAUCUGGUGGCCCUUGAAGUGCCAGAUUACCAAGCGACGGGCCCGCUUCAUGAUUUUCGUCAUCUGGGUGAUCGCCCUUACCACAACCAUCCCGUGGGCCUUGUUCUUCGACUUGGUGAUAAUCUUCAACAACGCGCCAGAUGUUCUUCUCUGUGUGGAGGUGUGGCCGGACGCGCUAGAUGGCACCCUAUACUUUCUUAUCGCCAACUUGUUGUUCUGCUAUAUCCUGCCCAUGAUCCUUAUCUCCCUCUGUUAUAUCCUCAUAUGGAUCAAAGUGUGGAAGCGCACGAUCCCUACUGACACGAAGGACGCGCAAAUGGAAAGGAUGCAACAGAAAUCCAAGGUGAAAGUCGUCAAGAUGUUGGUAGCCGUCGUUAUCCUGUUCGUACUCUCCUGGCUGCCACUCUACGUGAUCUUCGCAAGGAUUAAGCUCGGAGGGGAAGUCGAGAUUUGGGAAGAUGACAUAUUACUUGUGGCCACGCCCAUUGCGCAGUGGCUCGGGGCAUCCAACUCCUGCAUAAAUCCAAUUCUGUAUGCGUUCUUCAACAAGAAGUACCGCAAAGGUUUCAUCGCCAUUUUGAAGAGCAGACGCUGCUGCGGACGCCUCAGAAUGUUAACUGAGGAAACGUUAUGGAUGGAGGUCCGUGGGACUGAAGCAUUCACGCAACAACUUCACCGGUGUCCAUCGUCCCUGAGAAAAGCAGACUGUAAGUUCAUUAGCUCUGAUUCCAUAAGAGCAUCUGCUCUCUGAUACAGAUUUCCUCACGAUAUGGAGAUAACCAUAAGGCAUUAAUAUGCAUAGCUUCAGCUAAAUUAGAACUUAAUGACAGUAAUUGCACGAGGUGUCAACGUAUAAGAGCCCUUUCUUACUACCAAGGACUCCAAGAGUCGAACUUUCCCUCCAGUCGAAUGGGGCGGGCCCAUAACUCAUAAGUUUGUUCAACGUCUGCACGGUUUAGAAAACUUGUAUAUACAAGCAUUUACGCCUGAACAUGAAAUAUAAAUUUAAUGACGUUGAACUGGUGAAAUAUUCAUUGAAAUUCAACAGUUUAUACGGUUCCCACCUAUAGCUAUAUUAUGCACAGAGAUAUCUUCUACUGGUCCAGUUUUAUGCUCUGGAACCAUUGAUGGACAAUU